AUGGCUUCACCAACUGAAGCAACGGUUCCCGCCAUCCCACCAACAUCUUCCUUGGAACCCAGUACCGCCAAUCCAUCACUGGCUGAUUCUCCAUUAACAAACGAUUCAUCAAGCACAUCUUCGUCAGAUGCAAAUGGAGGAAGCACGCCAGCAAACACCUCUGCCAGUCGUACACCCUCAAUCAAGAGGCCAAAGCUUGGUACUAGAAAGUCUAGCGGUACUAUAAUAGUACCGCGCGAACACCCGCGCGUGGAAUUAAAAGAAGGGGACGAGGUCUUCGACGAGGAUGAUGCAAGAGCAAUGAGUCCAAGGAGGAACAGUGAGGAUUUGGAGAAGAUGAGUCAAGAUGCCAGAGCGCAACUCAACGAGCACGCUAAACUUCUUCAACAAUCUCUCCUCGAAAUAUUUAAUCGAAUCGAAGCUGUCAAAGAGGAGCACGAUAAACUCGACAACAACAACAAAUUCUUACAGAAGUACAUCGGAGACUUAAUGUCCACGUCUAAGAUUACAUCUACUGGUGCUGGGGGCAGAAAGAAAUAG